GCAUUUGUUUCAAGGCUGUGAUUCUCACUAUACUGGUCCUGGGGAAAGGGCUUCUGUGAACUGCAGUUUUUAGUUUUUAUUGUGGUUCUUAGUUUUCAUGAGACCCCUCUUGAGGAUAUGUGCCUAUCUGGUGCCUCUGCUCUCCACUAGUUGAGUGAAAGGAAGGAGGUAAUUUACCACCAUGUUUGGUUCCUAUUUAUAAGAUGUUUUAAGAAAGAUUCGAAACAGAUUUUCUGAAGAAAGCAGAAGGUCUCUUCCCAUUAUGACUUCGGAAAUCACUUACGCUGAAGUGAGGUUCAAACAUGAAUUCAAGUCCUCAGGCAUCAACUCAGCCUCUUCUGCAGUUUUCUUUCAAAAAUAUUCUCAGCUUCUUGAAAAAAAGACUACAAAGGGGCUGGUUCAUACAACAUUGGAGUGUGUGAAAAAAAAUAUGCCCAUGGAAGAGACAGUCUGGAGCUGUUGCCCAAAGAAUUGGAAGUCAUUUAGUUCCAACUGCUACUUUAUUUCUACUGAAUCAGCACCUUGGCAAGAGAGUGAGAAGGACUGUGCUAGAAUGGAGGCUCAUCUGCUGGUGAUAAACACUCAAGAAGAGCAGGAUUUCAUCUUCCAGAAUCUGCAAGAAGAAUCUGCUUAUUUUGUGGGGCUCUCAGAUCCAGAAGGUCAGCGACAUUGGCAAUGGGUUGAUCAGACACCAUAUAAUGAAAGUUCCACAUUCUGGCAUCCACUUGAGCCCAGUGACCCCAAUGAGCGCUGCGUUGUGCUAAAUUUUCGUAAAGCACCCAAAAGACGGGGCUGGGGCUGGAAUGAUGUUAAUUGUCUUGGUCCUCAAAGGUCAGUUUGUGAGAUGAUGAAGAUCCACUUAUGAACUGAACAUUCUCUAUGAACAGGUGGUUGGAUUGGUAUCUGUCAUUGUAGGGAUAGAUAAUAAGCUCUUCUUAUUUAUGUGUAAGGGAGUUCCAUAGAAUUUAGGUGGUCUGUCAACUAUUCUACUUAUGAGAGAAUUGGUCUGUACAUUGACUGAUUCACUUUUUCAUAAAGUGAGCAUUUAUUGAGCAUUUUUUCAUGUGCCAGAGCCUGUACUGGAGACCCCCAUUGUGCAUACAUGGAGAGAACAUGAGUCUCUCUUAAUUUUUGUCUGGUUGCUAAAGAAUUAUUUACCAAUAAAAUUAUAUGAUGUGGUUUCUCCACUGAUUAUUAGAGAAAUGCAAAUCAAAAUCACAAUGAGAUACCAUCUCAUGCCAGUCAGAAUGGCAAAUAUUUUUUUUUUUGAGACGGAGUCUCGCUCUGUCGCCCAGGCUGGAGUGCAGUGGCGCAAUCUCGGCUCACUGCAAGCUCCACCUCCCGAGUUCACGCCAUUCUCCUGCCUCAGCCUCUCCAAGUAGCUGGGACUACAGGCACCCGCCACCACGCCCGGCUAAUAUUUUUUGUAUUUUUAGUAGAGACGGAGUUUCACCAUGGUCUCGAUCUCAUGACCUCGUGAUCCGCCCGCCUCGGCCUCCCAACAUGCUGAGAUUAUAAGCGUGAGCCACCGCGCCCGGCCUCAGAAUGGCAAAUAUUAAAAAGUCAAGAAACAACAGAUUCUGGCAAGCCUGUGGAGAAAUAAAAAUGCUUUUACACUGUUGGUGGGAGUAUAAAUUAGUUCAACCAUUGUGGAAGAUGGUGUGGCAAGAUAGCAAGUAUUUUUUGGGAGGUUUGUAUCAGAUUUUAUUGAAAGUUUAGGGAGACAGAAAAGAUUUGCCAGUUUUCAAAAGAACAACCCAAUGCUACUUUUAGGAAAAGGAUUUGUUUCAUAUUGUUAGUUCACCUCUCACAUCUCAUUUAGAAGAGAUCUGGCCAAAACAACAAUUUUCACUUUGUCUCUAUCUACUGGUAUACUAGUGUAUGCUUUUAUUUUCAAUCUCUAGUAGUUCCCAUCUUCUCCAUUGCUUGUUUUUGCAUUACUCCCUGGACAGGCUCAAAGAACUUAACGUCUGUUUGGAGAUGUGACCUGAGCCUGCCCACAAUUCUGCUUUUGCUCUGAUUUAGCAUUCUCUCUCUUGAUUUUGUUUUAUAUUAUAUUAUAUUUUAUAUUGGUGCAUCUCCUCUUUUUGCCUUUGCUCCUACCAUUUCAGCACUCUUCAUUCAAAGGCAUGCCACUGUAAUCUAGAAAUUUAUACAGGACAAAGAAAUGGAAAGAAGCAAAGAAAAUAGAGCAUAGGGUUGCUAAUGGUCAAGACCAGAACAUGAUUAGGGGAGCAUAAAUAGGAGACAGAUGAGAAACAAAGGACUCUUUAAACUGCUUUGCCUCCAGAUAGCUAGGAGAAUGUAUUCUUUAUUGCACCACCAAGUCAUUCAAUCCUUGGGUUUGUGUUUCUUUGUCUCUGACGGGAACGGAAACAAAUGUUGACAUCUUAUAACCACUUCGUCUCCCUUGUUCUUUUAUGAUCAAAUGCAUCUCAAAUUAACCACUGGGGAAGUUUUCUGAGCUUUUAUCCUGUUACUCAAUGUCUAUUUCAUCAUUCGCUAUAGCUAUAACUGUCUUGUCACUUUAAAAAUCCCUGUUCAGUUUAAAACCAUUGUUGAGAGUUUUUAUGGAGGCUCUAUUAUGAAGGCAUGUUUGGUUACAUCAUUAGCCAUUGGUGAUUGAACUCAAUCUCCAGGCCUUUUUCUUCCCUGGAGGAGUGGGGCUGAAAGUUUCCAUCCUCUAGUCACAUGGUUGGUUCCUCUGGCAACCAGCCCCUAUCCUGAAGCAGUCUUGGGGAACAUCAAGAGUUACCUCAGGAGCAUAGACACCUGGCUUGGUUAAAGGGUCUUGUUAUGAAUAAUAAAAGACACUCUUUUCUUUUUUUUUUUUAUUUUAUUUAUUUAUUUAUUUUUUUUUUUUGACACUCUUUUCAUCUUAAAAAUUUUUUAAUGUUCAGCUAGGUAACUAUUGUUUUUUUUUUGUUGUUGUUAAUUUUUUUCUUUCAUCUUUUAUUGCCCUGGAGCUAUUUCAGAAACUUGGAACCAAAAAAAAAAAAAAAUAGAUAACAUAAGAUGUUUCUUGCACCUUUAUUACUCUAGAACACGGUUGAGAAGCUGAGGACAAAACCCAAGCAUUAUAACCAAAGAUGCUCUUAUCAUUUCUAUCAACCAGGAAGUUUUAGGGUUUCAGAAGUUCUGUGAUAAACAAAAAUGAAAUAUAUAUGUUUCUCAUAAUAUCACAAGUUCAAUAUUCAUAGUAGAUUUUCUUGUAUACAAGGUUGCUCACUUGAGAAUGUGGAGCUGUUUGUGAUGUUAAUAGAAUGGUCUACAUUUUAGAGACUGCAUGUGAAUGAUUAAGUAUUUCAAAGCCCUUGGGUAAUCAUUGGAGGAAACCAAAAUAACCUACUCUAAGAUGACUUCAUAUUGUUGAGCUGAAAAAGGUGGCAAUGUAGGAGAACAUUCUUCCCCUCCUUCUUCUUGCCUGUUGGCAGAACAACAAUUUACAAAGAUGAAGGUCUUCCUGCCCUCCUUUCUACUUUUCCCAGCUAAGGAUUAGCUCCUUUAUGAUACUUGUAAAAGGAUUUAGAAGCAGAUUUUACUCUUCCUGUUAAAAUACCUUCCUGUAUUUCAUUUCCUUUUGGAAUCCUGAAGAUACUCCCUUCUUUGUCUUUUCACUAUCAUCCUAAAGGAAGUAGCUGAAGCCACAUUAAUAUAGAGAGUUUAUUUGGGCCCAGGUUGAGGAUCGCUACCCAGGAAAACACUUCCAGGUUGCCUUGGGAAAUGGUCUAGAGAACAAAGGAAAGACUGAAGAUUUUAAAGAAAAAAGAAUGAAUCUGCAAAAUCGUGGAGCCACCCCAAAUGCUUAUCAAUCAAUGAGUGGAUAAAGAAACUGUGGUGUAGAUAUACAAUGGAAUACUACUCAGUCAUAAGAAGGAAUGUAUUAACAUCAUUUGCACUGACCUGGAUGAGACUGGAGACUAUUAUUCUAAGUGAAGUGACUCAGGAAUGGAAAACCAAACAUCAUAUGUUCUCAAUGAUAUGGGGAGCUAAGCUAUGAGGAUGCAAAAGGCAUAAGAAUGGUACAAUGGACUUUGGGGACUUGGGGGGAAGAAUGGGAUGGGGACGAGGGAUAAAAGACUACAAAUAUGGUGCAGGGUAUACUGCUUGGGUGAUGGGUGCAUAAAAAUCUCACAAAUCACCACUAAAAACGUUACUCAUGUAAACAAAUACCACCUGUACCCCAAUAAAUUAUGGAAAAAUUAAAAUUAAAAAAAGAAUGAAUCAGGAGAGGGAGUGAAUUAAAAAGUUACUAAUCAGUAAAUUAUCAUUGGCUUACAGAAACCACAUUGAUUAGUAAUUAGCUGUAUACUGUUAAACUGUAGGGUUCAGUUAGUCUAGAACCUACAUAGCAAAUGGCUUCAAGAGGUAAAUUUAGCUCAAGGUGGGAGUGAGGCAUGACUCCUGUCAUGUCUCUCUCAUGAGUCCACUCUGGACUUGAUGGUUUCAAGGCACUCACAUUCCUCAAAUAAAAGUUUUUUUUUUUUUUUUUUCAUUCUCACCACUCCAUAAGAUUUAUGGCUCUUUGUUAACAUACUAUUUAAGCAAGGCCUGUAAGCUACUGCCUUAAAAGAGAUAAAUACAUUUGAACUGAGUUCUCUCCUGAGUGAUGGGUAUAGCACACAUUGAUAAACUGCUGUUUUUUUCUCUUGUUUCUCUGACUUUUGUUUUCAGCAGAGUGUCUCUACUAAGGAUCUAUGAGGACAAGAAAACAAAUCAUAUUUUCUGUGCUACAAUAUAAAAUUCACGAAGCCUGUUUCUGAUUUUAUAUCACUUCAGGCUCCCUUUUGCCUAAUCAGGGAGAUUAUAAAAUAUCACUGACAUCUGCCCAAUGUUAGUCUGGAUGCAGUAAGAGUGUUUCAUCACCUUUGCAGACUGAUUUCAGAAUGUUUCAUUUUGCAAUCACAUUCCUUAACAAUGUUCAUGGGUUUUGUUAUUUACUGUGUUACCCUUCAUAUCUAAACCAUAUCCAUUCAAUCACAUUUUUGCUUACUUCCUAGGACACUGUUUAGCACAUGGAUUAAGGCUUGCAUAAAAUAAGUAACCAAUGUAAAGUUUAGUUAGGGAGCACUUAAUUUAACCAAGGUCUCUAAAUAGAUUUCUUUUAGGAGAUACAAAAUUUUCUAUUUUGCAUGCCAGAAUGAAUAGGAAACAGACAGAGAAAUUUUAUGUUAGGAACUGAAGAAAUGAUCUAAGUAUUCUUGUCAAAGUUCUCAUGAAUGGUUUUCAAUAUGUUUCUCAAUUCCUCUUAUUUUUUAUUUUUUCCCCACGUAUCGAAAUCACUGGAAACUUUAGUUGUAACUGUGACUUCUUCUUUUGAGGUACACUUAAUGUUGGAAGUCUCUUAGUACUAUGAGAGUGUGUAGCAGUUUGUCCCUGAGCUCUACCUUCUUUAAAUGAAGCUGGGUCUCUGGGCAACAUCUUUAGGGAGAGAGGUACAAAAGGUUCCUUGACCUUCUUAACACAGGGAGCCUGCCUAAUGAUGCAAGAACGGCAACCUCAAGGUACAAGUGAGUAUUUCCUCAGUUUCAGAGGAAAGUGGAAGUGUAUGAUGAAAUAAGAUCACCUGGAGAGAAGAAGUAGACAAAGAACAGAUUGAAGAGCUAGUGAUUGGACCAAUAUAGUAGACUCAAAGGAAUUUGAAAGAAAGAGUAAUUCUUCCGAGCCAGAGCCAUAAGCACUUGAAAGAAUAAGAAAGCAAGUAUUUUUUGGGAGGUUUGUAUCAGAUUUUAUUGAAAGUUUAGGGAGACAGAAAAGAUUUACAUGAUAGAACGUAAACAGGGAAAUAACUGAUUAUUAGAUAUCUGCUCUUAAAAGUCUUUUGACUAAUUUUGAAAUCCAGGCAGCAGUAUUCUUUCCAAUUACCCUGAGUUUUUUUUGUACUUGCUUUUCUAAUUUUUUUGUAAGGAAAAGCUUCCCAUUUUUAAUGCAUGAAAAUUUGACUUUAGCUUCAACCCUUUGCAUGUCCAUCAAUAAUGUUUUAAAAGAUUUUUAUUAAAAUUUUUUAAGGAUACAAAA